AUGGAGGGCCAUGAAACAGUACUGAAGGCGUGUAGCGAUAUGGCUAUAUGUUCUAGGGAGACCAUUGAUAGAGGCCACAGGUUUGGUGAGAGUGCGCCAAGGCAUUUACGUGCAAUAUUUAUAACAUCGAGCUCCUAUAAGUACGAAACGUUCAGAAAAUUUUUAAAUGCACCUGUGGAGUUAGUUGUGCUGGACAUAGAAGAGAUCCAGGGGAGCAAGGAGGAGAUAAUGAUGGACAAGCUUCGAAAGGCAAGCCACCUGGUCACCGAAUCGACGAUUGCUUUUGUUGACGACACCAGUAUCCACAUGAAUGGAUUGGAGGGAUUCCCUGGACAGUAUGCCAAGGACUUUCUGAAGAUUGGUGCACCUCGGAUUCUUGAGAUUGCAUCGAAGGUGGGAAGGGGAUGCUCUUAUUCUACGAUUAUUGGUAUGAUGAGGAUGGAAGAAGGAAAGGUUGUGACCAAGACAUUCUGUGGGGAAGUUCGGGGAGACAUUGUUCGGAAGGGAAAAGAGGAUCCCAGGGUAUUCAACGAUAUCUUUGUUCCUAGGGAGGAAGAAUAUGAUGAGGUUCCCUGUGGGAUGGAAGGAGUUAAGAUAGGAAGAUACAGGGCUGUUGAGAAGGUCAAGAGACAUUUGCGGGAGAUUGGGAUAUAUGAGCGGUUAUUUGAAAAUUAA